ACAGAGAGUGUAAGAGGGAGAGGAUCAGGAGAAGGGGACAGAGGAGGAGAAGGUUCAGAAUUUCACUGGAGGAGGGAGAAAAUGAGGAGAAGGAUGGUGUUGUAGGCUGAAGAAAGAGCUGCGCUGCGAGUGAGAGUAAAGACCCAACCUCUCGCUUCAUUAGAAAGUUUGUUCUGGCAGCAGAAGAGGAGACAGAAGUGGAGACCAUUGAUAAUCCUUGUUGCGUCUGUGCCUGUUCAAACAAGGAUGAGUGAGUUUUGGAGGAUUCCUCCUCUGCGCUCCUACACAUACCAGUACCUGUGUCUGCUGGAGCGAUGCAGAGCUUCGGCUGUAGCCAUGAUGUCUCAGAGGAUCCUGGGCUGACGCACUGUGUUUAGGGACCGGCACAGAGGACAGACUGACUGACCUGGAUAGGAGCUAAAAAGGAACCGAAGCAGCCCAAAUAGAGCUUAUUUCGGGAGGUGGAUCCCGAGCAGUAAUACUGGGUCCAAAUCCAUCCUAUACAGGGUUCCUAAAAAGCCUGGCUUUUUGGGUUGGUAAUGACUGAGACAGGUCCAGGAGUGAUGUGGUUGUUCUGGGCGGGUUAAAACCACUCAGGCUGUCAUCCAGUGGCAGUGGCGAGGCUGGAGCUCCAGAGGAGAACAGAUCCGACGUCCAUGCAAUGGGAUUCACUGGCUGAAGAAAUGAGCAGGGUCCUGUGCUUGUGGUGCCAUGGUGCCUUUUAAUCUUGUUGGAUCCCACUGCUAUUCUGCCCUGUUGAUUGUCUGAACUGAGGAUGUGGAAGUUCAAAGCGUUUUGCCUGGAUUACUGGCAUGUCCUGUGUUUGCACCCACACAACAACUUUUAUAAGAGUGUGGAAGGGGAUGGACGGCCCAAUGAGAGUGGCCCUUCCCUGGAUGGUGGAGCCAGUUUUGGCCAGGGCCCGGUGACUCACGGCUCUGCCAUCAGCCCUGACCGAUUUGAUAGCCCGCUUUACAGCCACGGGGUCCAGCCUGGGCCUCAGAGACCCCGUCGGCCCAAGCUCCAGCACUCGCAGUCCAUUCUCCGUAAGCAGGCUGAGGAGGAGGCCAUCAAGCGGUCCCGCUCGCUCUCUGAGAGCUAUGAACUCUCUGCUGACCUCCAGGACAAACAGGUGGAGAUGCUGGAGCGUAAAUAUGGUGGACGAUUCAUAACUCGGCAUGCGGCCCGCACCAUCCAGACAGCCUUCCGCCAGUAUCAGAUGAACAAGAACUUUGAACGUCUCAGGAGCUCUAUGUCUGAGAACCGUAUGUCCAGACGCAUUGUUCGCACCAACAUGAGGAUGCAGCUCUCGUUUGAGGGCCCCGAGAAAGUGCACAGCUCCUACUUUGAAGGGAGGCAGGUGUCCAUGACGGAGGAUGGCACCCCACUGUCCAUGGUGCAGUCUGAAUGUGGAGACAUAGAGGUCCACCAACAGGCCAACAUGGCAUCUCACCCAGCCCCACAGGGUGACCUGACAGAUGCCAUCACGGAGCUGGAGGAUGCCUUUUCCAGGCAGGUUAAAUCUCUGGCUGAGUCAAUAGAUGAUGCACUGAACUGUCGCAGCCUUCAGGGGGAUGAGGGUCCUGACCCAGAAGCCAUGGGCUGCUCUAAGGUGGAGAGGGAAGUGCCCUAUCAGGUGAAGUCCCACCGCAGGGCAGCUGGACGAAUGCACGAUGAAACGAUGGCAUCCUAUAGUGAUGUUACUCUGUUCAUCGAUGAGGAGGACAUGUCCCCCUCUAUGGCUCUGUCGAGGUCAGGGGAACAGCCCUGUAGCACAGAAUCAGACUUGCGGUUGCGGUCAGUCAACUCCUCUCAGGAGUACUGGCCUGUUGACCCCAAAGAUGAGGGUCGUGACACAGACACAAGCUGCCGCAGCACUCCUUCUCUAGAGUGCCAAGAGCAGCGACUUAGAAUGGACCAUCUUCCUUUAUUGACCAUAGAACCUCCUAGUGACAGCUCUGUAGAGCUCAGUGACCGGUCUGACCGUGGCUCUGUCAAACGGCCGCCUGUGUAUGAACCACAUGGCCACAUUGUAACAUCAUCCCAGGCAAGCCCUAAACACAUUUCCCAUGGACCCCCACCACGAGCUUCCUCCCGUGACGAUGACGCACCUCUGCGCCACCGCCACCGCCAGCUGGAAAGCCACUUAGCUAUCAACGGCUCAGCCAACAGACAGAGUAAGUCAGAAUCUGACUUCUCUGAUGGGGACAACGACAGCAUCAAUAGCACAUCCAACUCCAAUGACACUAUCAACUGCAGCUCCGAGUCCUCUUCAAGAGACAGCCUACGAGAGCAAACACUCAGCAAGCAGACUUAUCACAAAGAGACUCGCAACAGCUGGGACUCGCCCAUCUUCAGUAAUGAUGUUAUUCGCAAGAGAUACUACCGCAUCGGCCUGAAUCUCUUCAACAAGAAGCCAGAGAAGGGCAUCCAGUACCUGACUGAGAGAGGAUUCAUCCCUGACACACCAGUUGGUGUGGCUCACUUCCUGCUGCAGAGGAAGGGGCUCAGCAGGCAGAUGAUUGGAGAGUUUCUGGGCAACCGGCAGAAACAGUUCAACAGAGAUGUCUUGGACUGUGUGGUAGAUGAGAUGGACUUCCAAGGCAUGGAGCUGGACGAAGCUCUCAGGAAAUUUCAGAACCACAUCCGUGUUCAGGGUGAGGCCCAGAAGGUGGAGCGGCUCAUCGAAGCCUUCAGCCAGCGCUACUGCAUCUGUAACCCCACCGUGGUGCGGCAGUUUAGAAACCCUGACACCAUCUUCAUCCUGGCGUUCGCCAUCAUCCUCCUCAACACUGACAUGUACAGCCCCAAUGUCAAGCCCGAAAGGAAAAUGAAGCUGGAGGACUUUAUCAAGAAUUUAAGAGGUGUGGAUGAUGGGGAGGAUAUUCCUAGGGAGACUCUGGUGGGCAUCUAUGAGAGGAUCCGUAAGCGAGAGCUCAAGACGAACGAAGAUCACGUCUCACAGGUGCAGAAGGUUGAGAAGCUCAUUGUGGGAAAGAAACCAAUCGGAUCUCUCCACCAUGGCCUGGGAUGUGUGCUGUCACUGCCCCAUCGCCGGCUGGUGUGUUACUGCCGCCUGUUUGAAGUUCCAGAUCCCAACAAACUCCAGAAGCUGGGCCUGCAUCAGCGGGAGAUCUUCCUGUUCAACGACCUCCUAGUGGUAACGAAGAUUUUUCAGAAAAAGAAGAACUCAGUAACAUACAGCUUCCGGCAGUCUUUCUCUCUGUAUGGGAUGCAAGUCAUGCUGUUUGAAAAUCAGUAUUACCCAAAUGGAAUCAGACUUACAUCAGCGAUACCAGGUGCGGACAUCAAAGUCCUCAUCAACUUUAACGCACCCAACCCCCAGGACCGCAAGAAGUUCACAGAUGACCUACGAGAGUCCAUUGCCGAAGUCCAGGAAAUGGAGAAAUACAGAAUAGAGUCUGAGCUGGAGAAGCAGAAGGGGGUGGUGAGGCCCAGCAUGUCACAGAGCUCCGGCCUGAAGAAGGAAGCUGGCAACGGGAACAUGAACCGCGCUAGUCUAGAUGACACCUACGCCAUGGGAGAGGGCCUGAAGAGGAGCGCCCUCAGCAGCUCCCUGCGAGACCUCUCUGAAGCAGGCAAGCGGGGGCGUCGCAGCAGUGCAGGAUCACUAGACAGCAAUAUGGAAGGGUCCAUCAUUAGCAGCCCACACACACGCCGGAGAGCCACCACGCCACGUGAGGGCGCACCACGCGGCCAUCCCUCCAUCCCUAACUCAGCAUCGACUUCCAUCCUUGGGUCGCUCUUUGGCAGCAAGCGAGGCAAACCUUCAUCUCAAAGCCACUCUCCUUUCCCUGCACCUGGUCACCCCACUCUCAUAUCCCACAAGCCCCACCCGACCAACCUGCACCACACAGCACAGGUAGCACAUACAGUGCAGGCCCAACUCCACGGUCCCCAUUCCCAGUACUGCCAAGUCCCACAGAACCCUCCGCCUUACCACCACCACCACCACUACCACCCCCCGCCCCACACGCAGUACCACCAGCACCCAGCCUACGCCUCACAUGCACACCAACACGCCCAUUCACAGCACAGCCAUUACAGCCAGCAUUCCCAUCAUGCCUCACACUCCCAGCAUGCUCCUCACCACCACAGUCAGCAAGCGGGUUCGGCACCUGGCGGACCCAAACCCAAACACAGUGGCAUCAGCACCGUAGUGUGAUGCUCCUAACACAGAGAGGAGAAGCGAGGAGGGAACUUAUUGAAGGAGGGACAAUUGCUUACACCAAAGGGACUGACAGCAUAACUCUAUGGCCUGUCCACUGUGUUUUACUGCUGCUGUGAUGGAAACCAGUCACAUGCAGUCACCUUUUUCACCUCCAGGUCCAACUAAUAUGCAGGAUGGAAAUCGGACUCAAAUCUUCCACCAGGGGCCUUUUACUAGUUUGCCUGAUCAUGGGCCUGGCCCCAUCAGGGUUUUGUGGGGGUUCUGUACAGGAAGAUGCUCUAUGUUUUCCACACACACCGCCCGGCCGUGACGGCUGGAGAGAAAAUGUGUUUUCUCACCAAGCCGCUCUCCACUGCUUCAUUCCCUCAAUAACCUGUCUUACCUUCACAUAAUCAGGAGGAAAGACGACUUGAGACGAGAACAUGGCUGACUGUUUUCUCUGUCACAAUGGUGGCAUCAUUUCUUGUGCUCAGCCUUUUUCGGAAGUCAACUUUCAACUCUUUGGUUUGCAGAUCCUACCAUCAUAUGAAUGCAAUUUGUUGUUGCCUCCCGUAGAGCUCAUAUGUAGUGGAGAACCUAGAUAUAAUCAUUUCACACUAACUUAAAUCAAAGGACAGGUUAAACAACUGAGUCGACCGUCUCAGUCAUUGUAGUUCUAGUGCUGUAUUUACUGUAGAUGACAGCUGUAUGUGUUGUCUCCUAGCUCUCAUAAAUAAAUGUGCCAAUUAUUAAUGCAUAAUCUAUUUAGUCAAGACUUCGUGUACAGUAUAUUGUGCGUAAAGUAAUUUGUAAGAUUAUACUUACAAUUAUUAUUAUCAGCAAAAAUGAAUUCUAUCAGUAUUAUACUGACUCUGUGGUAACAGGAUGUAGAUCUAAAAGGAGUGAACUCCCAUUCAGUCCGGCCUAUAAUCUAUUCUGGAACUUUUGCCUUUCAAAUGGAUCAGAAGGAGCUUCUGGAUGGCAGCUGUCGCAUAUGGGCCUCAAAACGCUGUGCUGUCACAGCUGAAGCCUCAAAGCAGACUUUUCUUGUCAACUCUCACGAACGAUAAACAGGGCUGGUUGGUUGUUUUAAUCUCAGUUUACUACUCAUACUGUGGCUGCUUGAACUGUAAAAAAAUAAUAAUAAUAAUGAAGAUUAAGAGUGAAAAGAACAUACAAACAUUAAAUACACUUGAAGGCUCAGUUUAUGUUACAAAUGGACCCACAGAAUGGACGUGUUGAACAUGUUAAGUCUGUUGCCUUUAACAUAUGCGACAGCUGCUCUCUUGACUCUUCAAGUCAAAAAUAGAAACACUUUUGAAAUCUUCUUUUGCCUUGUUUAGUAUGUUUAUGUUAUUCACCAGCAAGGUUUGGUGAGUGAAUAAAAUCAGUUCUUGCAUAGUAAAAAUAUUUUUUUCAUCUUUUUUCUAUCAUAUGUGCAAUAUCUUUGUACUGAUUUUGUACAUUAAGAACAAGGUGUCCCACCAAUUUGUGCGUUUUUUUUUUUUUUUUUAAUGUUGCGUCAUUAUUUAUUUAUUUUUUGUUUUUGACCCCUGUCAGAGUCUUUCUCAGUAAAUUAAUGUGUGGCUGUCCUCGUGGUCUAAUGAGAGGUACAGACUUGGAGUUCAGUGGAAUGUCUAGUAAGUGAUUUUUGCAUGUAAUGUUAUUAAUGUGAGGCUAUCCUCUGCACAUUGUAUAACAAAUCAGUGUUACCAUAGCAAGUUUAAGUGCAAUCAUGUUCAGAAAAUGCAGACUUGUACUAAGAGUGAAAGUUUGUUAUCUUGUUUUCCAGGACAAGAUUCAGGUGAAAAAAAAAAAAAAUCUUUUUUCAUUUAAGAAUAUAUAAAUACUUACUUACACAGUUCACAGUGGAAAGAGGAAUGUGUGUAUAUAUUUUAAUAAAAGGAAUAUGCUUCUCUUGGGGCUGAACAGAAAUAUUUUGCUGGAUAAGCACAUAUGGAAGAACACUUUCAUUUUUUCAGGAAAUGCAAUUAUAAUAUACAAAAUGCAAACUGAACAAAGGAACUGGGUAUAUGUAAAGAAUAACUUUCUACAUUCUACAAAUAAGAGUCUAUUCUAGUGUGUAAAUUAGUGACAGUAAACUGUUUGUCCCGAUAUUCAGGUUGUAAAAUGUAUUUUAACAUUCACAAAUAAAACCAUUGCCAUAAGUCAGGCUUAUUCUCACACAUUUUUCCUCAUGGGAAUUAACAAGGAAAGUUCAGAUGACAGACAUAUCACAUUAUGGGACAUUAAUGAUCAGUUGAAUGUGUCUUUCCAGUGAUUUCAUAUCUUUGCUAUAAUUCUGAAAUCUUGGGACGAUGUAAAACCGAGGAAUCUGUUUAUUUUGGUGUGUGUUGUAGUGCUUCAAAUGUCUACAGUCAUUCUUUGUGAGAAAGUACCCCAACAAUGCACUGCAUGGAUCAUCAUGUGUCCUAUUCACUGUGAGCUGAUGGGAAAAAAAAUCAGCCUAUAGAUUUUGACUUCUCCUUUGGUUUUGAUUAAUUUGGAAUUUCCUGAUGUUGACGUGUUCUUGUUGUUCCAUGUUUGGCUGGUAGUUAUUGAAGCUCGGCAUGCAUUUCAUCAACAAAGCCAUUGUGUAAAUUACAAACAUAAAGAACAUUGCACUUCGGUUGCUGAGGGCUUUCAUCGUGUAAAUAUGGGAUUUUGGUGUGCAAACUGAUGGACUGCUUGGAAGGAGGGUUUAUCUUUAUGAGGCUGCAAAGGGACCAAGCCAGGGGGUUAUAGGAACUGUAUAUAAUGUGUAUAGGAUCAGCACUCUAUUCUGAUACCUGCAGUUAAGAUCAGGAUGUAUAUACAUCACCUCAUAGAUGGAUUAGAGGGGUGAUAUAUGAACAUAUCGAUUGUCUCUGCGUCCAGCUGUCGUGAACUGACAUUUGCUGUAGAAAUAAAAAACAGACUGUUAGAAAGUUCGCUGCCAUUUACAUCCAGCUCUCUUUUCAUACAUGCAACACCUACCACACACACACACACACACACACACACACACACACACACACACACACACAAACAUACUGUACAUACAAAUAUACACACAUCCUGCUGCAAGCUGUUCAGUCUGGCGUGAGACACAUUUUAAAAAAAGGAAAAGACAAGAAUGGCCUCAUUUAUAUGUGCAUUCUGUUUGUACAGUGAGUAGUGAGUCAGUAAGACCCCAGUUAUUGUAAAACUUCAACUGUGACAAUGUUGAGAACGCAAAAUAAACGAAUAUAUGACUUAUGGUA